UGGGGCUGCGGGUGUGAUCUAAGACCAGACAGGGGGCUAUAUGGAACCGAGCCGAGAGAGGAAGGGCCGGGAACUUCAUCCCGCCCUUUUGGCUCGGGCACCAGGGGCCACCAGCUCCUGUGUCAUCACUCUUUCCCCUCUGGGAUUGCUCAUCGCCCUGUGACUCAGCCCUGGGACUCCCCUCUCCUGCUGAUGUUCCGCCGGGAGCGCUCCAUCCCCCUUCGAGGCUCGGCCGCCGCCCUGUGCAACAACCUCAGCGUGCUGCAGCUGCCUGCCUGCAACCUCAUGCACUAUGCUGUGGUUCACGGACCAAGCGCCCAGCUUCUCAGCGCUGCCCCUGAAGGUGUGCCAUUGGCCCAGCGCCAGUUUCACGCUAAAGAGGGCGCUGGAGUGAGCCCCCCACUUAUCACUCAGGUCCACUGGUGUGUCCUCCCCUUCCGAGUACUGCUGGUACUCACCUCACAUCGAGGGAUACAGAUGUAUGAAUCUGACGGCUCCAUCAUGGUCUACUGGCAUGCACUGGACUCUGGAGAUACCUCUUCAGUACAGGCUGUGUUUGCUCGAGGAAUUGCUGCCAGUGGCCAUUUCAUCUGUGUGGGAACAUGGACAGGACGGGUGCUGGUGUUUGACAUCCCAGCCAAGGGUCCCAACAUUGUACUGAGUGAGGAGCUGGCUGGACACCAGACACCAGUCACAGAUAUUGCAACAGAGCCUGCCCAGGGACAGGAUAGCGUGGCUGACAUGGUGACAGCUGAUGAUUCAGGCUUAUUGUGUGUCUGGCGGUCAGGGUCUGAAUUCACAUUACUGACCCGCAUUCCAGGAUUCGGGAUCCCAUGCCCCUCUGUGCAGCUGUGGCAGGGGAUCAUAGCAGCAGGCUAUGGGAAUGGCCAAGUACGUCUAUAUGAAGCCACUACAGGAACUCUUCAUGUCCAGAUCAAUGCCCACGCACGGGCCAUCUGUGCCCUGGACCUAGCUCCUGAGGCGGGCAAGCUACUCUCUGCAGCUGAGGACACCUUUGUGCAUAUCUGGAAGCUAAGCAGAAGCCCAGAGAGUGGCUACAUUGAGGUGGAACACUGUCACGGUGAGUGCAUAUCUGACACCCAGGUGUGUGGUGCUCGAUUCUGUGAUCCAACAGGCAGCUCCUUUGCUGUGACUGGCUAUGACCUCGCUGAGAUCCUGAGAUACAGCAGUGUGUGAGAGAAGAGCAGCCUUCCCUUCCCCCUAUGGUAUUUAUAAAGCAUCCCCUCCACCUAGCCCUUGUCUGAUCACUCAGUGUCACAGUCAUACUUUGCAACGGUGAAGGAAGCUCCAGGGAGGAGGGAGUGGGUAGGUCCAGACCAUGCAGAGAGGCAACCUAUCCUCAAGAACCAGGUGAAACCAGGUGCAGGUUUAGGCCUGUAAUUCCAGUGACUCAGGAAGCUGAGGCAGAAAGAUUGCAAGUUUGAGACCAACCUCAGCUACUUAGGGAGACACUGUCUCAAAAUAAAAAAUGAAAAAGGGUGAGGGAUGUGGCUCACUGGUAGAGUGCUCCAAAAAAGAAAAAGAUAAAACCACAUGAAGGCUGCUGUUAAAUAACUUUAAUGGUUGACGUAGGAGUGACAGUGGAAGUGCAUUCCCUCCCAGGACUCUUCAGUGCCAUCUUCAAAGCUGGUUAGUGCAGGGAGGUAGGGCAGGGUUGUUCCAGUUUUCUCCCAGGAAGGGUUUAGGGGGUUCCAGCCAGAGCUGGGAAUGAACCCCUCAGUACCAUUACAGCCACACCUAAGAGGGGCUUCUAUUCCCCCUCCUCUGCCUACCCCCAGUCCAGUAGAGGAAGAGAAGGCCACGCUGGCCAACUUGCUACAGACAGUGCUGUCCU